AUGUUCAGGAACGCGCUGGUGUUUUCAAGGGGGAGGGGCUUCUAUGCUGAAUUCCUCCCCACCCCCCGAAAUAGGAAAUUCAUUUCUUUGUUUCAUUGGUCCAUGUUUGUUUAUUUGAUUGUACGUUUAAAUUACAACGCAUGCAUUUCAGCUACCGACUGCAUUCACGUGUCAUUUAAAAAUGCGUCUAGAAGAAUUCUUAGCUUCAAGAAAGGAAUAUAUGGCUAGAGCUGAAGUUCCAUUUUCGGCUUAUUACAUAUGA